AUGCGUACUUUCGCUCUCCUCACGGCUUUGGCCGUCUCCGCCCUGGCCUCGCCCAUGCCUCAGGGUGUGACCUCUGCGAUUGCUCCGUCCUCUCCAGCACCUGAUGGCUGCCAGCCCUCGUUCAGCGGCAGCUUCCAGAUUACUGUUGUGAAUGUCUCGUCCUCGGCAGCCAAACGAGAUCUGACCGAGCGUCAAACCUCUGGAGUUCUAACACUCACUCUUGCCGACUCCAUCCUCAAAGAUCAAGCGGGACGGACUGGCUAUAUUGCCUCCAACUAUCAAUUCCAGUUUGACGAACCUCCACAAGCCGGAGCCAUCUACACAAGCGGGUUUUCGAUCUGUUCUAAUUACAGUCUUGCGCUUGGUGGCUCUGCCAUCUGGUAUCAAUGUCUGAGUGGGUCAUUCUAUAAUCUGUACGACCGCAACUGGGCCCCCCAUUGCGUGCCGAUCUACAUCUACGCCCUGGUCGGAUCUUCCGCUCCACCAGCGACACAAGCAACCGAUGGUCAACCCGCAGUGACGACUGUUGUCCCUUCGGUCUCUCAGCUCACGGAUGGCCAACCCCAGGUCACUUCGGUGGCUGUCACACAGAUCUCAGAUGGACAACCUCAGGCUACCACUGGUGUACCUGUCACUCAAAUCAGCGAUGGCCAACCACAAGCAACUACUGGUGUACCCGUCACCCAAAUCUCGGAUGGACAGCCACAGGCUCCCAGCGGGACCCCCGUUUCCCAGAUCAGUGAUGGCCAACCACAAGCUCCAACUGGUGCUCCCGUCACCCAGAUCUCUGAUGGCCAGCCACAAGCUGCUACCGGCACCCCGGUCACCCAAAUCAGUGACGGACAACCUCAGGCUCCUACUGGCGCUCCCGUGAGCCAGAUUAGUGAUGGACAGCCCCAAGCACCUACAGGCACACCCGUUACUCAGAUCAGUGAUGGACAACCUCAGGCACCCACCGGUGCGCCCGUCAGCCAAAUCAGCGACGGCCAGCCUCAAGCACCUACUGGUACACCCGUCACCCAGAUCAGCGACGGACAGCCUCAAGCCCCGACUGGCGCUCCUGUCAGCCAGAUCAGCGACGGCCAGCCGCAAGCUCCUACUGGUACACCAGUUACCCAGAUUAGUGACGGACAACCCCAGGCGCCAACUCAGACUGUUGCUGCCGCCUCAACCUCAGUCGCCCCAUCGACCUUCACUGGUGCCGCCUACCGACCUGAGUUCCCUGGAGGACUAGCUGUCGUUGCAGGUAUUGCAGGAGCUGUGGCAUUCCUGUAG